AUGGCUGACCAUGCAUUGCCCACACAGCUCCCCAGCAUGGUUCGCAAGCCCAAGGCUGUAUGGCCUGGCCUGGUCAAGAUGGGCAUGUACCAGAAGCAAAUAGCAGGGGAUGGUAAUUGUCUCUUUGCAUCUCUUUCUGACCAGCUCUACGGCACUCCGGUCAAACACCCCGAAAUCCGUGCAAACAUCAUCGAACACAUGCGCACAUUUCGGCCUCUCUUCGAGCACUAUGUCCAUAAAGAUGACGUGCAACAACGACGAACCCUCCGUUCUGCUAAACUGGCAGCCCCUCAAGACUCAGAAGACUCGUUCGAAGAAUACCUGGCCCUCAUGUCACGCAGCGGAACAUAUGGCGGAGAACCCGAAUUGGUUGCCUUCUGUCAGGUCUACAAUCAGGACGUCACGGUACACCUGCCACGCAUCAAAAACUUUGAGCGAGACUCGAUCUCGUACACCAACGAACACCGAGAAGCCACUGUCCUGAUGCCACCGUUGCACAUUUGCUACGGCGGGGACGAGGUCACCAGAGCACACUACGAUUCAGCCCGGAGCAGAGAUGGUUCUACCCCCAGAAGCCGGAAUAGUCCCCUAUUCAAGCCCCAAGAGACCACUCGCAACUCUCUUGCCAACUCCAUCCCUGAACCUGACUUUAUCCUCACCAACAGAUCAAUUCGAAGCAGCAGAUCUGAUCUGUCUUCGGAACUUAUUCAAGAUAUCCUUCAGCGAAACAAGAAAGAAGUCGAGAUCAACCUAGACCAGCUGAGUGACAAAAAUCGUGUCAGGAGCCCUUCUGUGACUUCCUCGCAACGCAGCUCCAGCUCCAAGAGAUCGUUGGAUGACGAUGGAGAGUCUCUUCGCUCCAGCAAGAGAGCUGACCGACGCAAGAGCACUCGACGACGAGCAGACAUGACGGCGGCGAUCUCAGAUGCAGACAACGAGGUUUCUCCGCGUCUCUCCGUCGAUUUGCGCUCCACAGAUACGGCCCCAAGCACUCAAGAUACGACAGCCUCAUCAGACAUUCCUCCCUCUGAAUACAACAGCGAUCCUAUCAAGACGACGUGCAUAACUCCAGAGGAUCAAAGCAACGACUUUGAGCCUGCAGUUCGUGCCGCAAAGCCCCGUGCCAAACCUCAGACCCGGACUUCUCUUAACGUUGUCACCAAUGGAGCACAAAUUUCCGACCCAUCCACUCCAAGGCACAUGUCGGUUGCAGAGAGGCCGAAGUCAACAUUACGAGCAUAG